AUGGGCGCUCUCAAGUACGUCGAGGAAAUCCAGAAGAAGAAGCAGAGUGACAUCCUCCGCUUCCUUCUCCGUGUCCGCUGCUGGGAACUCCGCUCCCUCAACGUUGUUCACCGUGCUUCCCGCCCCUCUCGUCCCGACAAGGCUCGCCGUCUCGGGUACAAGGCCAAGCAGGGAUAUGUUAUCUACCGUGUCCGUGUUCGCCGUGGAGGACGCAAGAGGCCCGCUCCUAAGGGAGCCACCUACGGAAAGCCUACCAACCAAGGUAUCAACCAGCUUAAGUACCAGCGUUCGCUCCGUUCCACCGCUGAGGAGCGUGUUGGAAAGCGCUGCGCCAACUUGCGUGUAUUGAACUCCUACUGGAUCAACCAGGACUCGACCUACAAGUACUUUGAGGUCAUCCUCGUCGACCCCCAGCACAAGGCUAUCCGCCGCGAUGCUCGCAUCAACUGGAUCGUUAACCCCGUCCACAAGCACCGUGAGUUGCGCGGUCUCACCUCCACCGGCAAGAAGUCCCGUGGUCUCAACAAGGGCCACAGAUACAACAAGACCACUGCUGGCAGGAGAAAGACCUGGAAGCGCCUCAACACCCAGAGCUACUGGAGAUACCGUUAA